AUGCUGACCCGACGUAUCGCACGAGCUGCGGUGGCAGCUCCUCGCUCGUUAAGAGCGUUUAGCUCCACUGCUACUGUUCAGCGUUCGCCUGUCUUGGCCGAUAUCACACCCGAUGGUGUAAGUACCUUCAAUACGAGGCAGAAGGAGUUCCGCGAGCACUUGGUCAAGGCACAACGAGAACGAGAAGCGAGUAAGUUCAGAUCCAAUUCUUCCCUUUCUAACGACCACUCUUUUUCCGCCGCCCGCGAGACCUCUCAGGGCCUGGGCUCAUUGAGCACUCAUACAGGACAACGAGCGGAGGCAUCGACCAAGGAACCCGAUCUACCAGAUGGCCUUCUCUCUAGAGUUAUCUACGGAACCAAGGAGGGACGCGAGAUGGAUGCCCAGCUCGAGGCCAGUUUCUCGGCGGUCCUGGCCCGUGGCAAGUACGUCCAUUCGAUUGUAUUCCACCAGGUACAUCCCGACAAGGUAGACGAGUACGUGGACCUGGUUGGUAAUUGGUACCCGCGCAUGGCUUCCUUGGAGGGGAAUAAGGUUCAUCUUGUAGGAAGCUGGCGAACCGAAGUCGGCGACUGUGAUACAUUCGUCCACAUUUGGGAAUACCAACGUUACCAAGGAUACCAUCAGUCCCUCCACUCCAUCUCUCGACACCCCGAUUUCCCCGAGUUUGACAGCAAGCUUAAGAAGCUUAUCAAGUCCAAGAACACGUCGAUCAUGCAAGAGUUCUCAUUCUGGCCGACUACCUCCCCUCGUCAACUAGGUGGCUUAUUCGAGUUACGAUCGUACACGCUACACCCCGGAAACCUACUCGAAUGGGAGACACACUGGCGACGAGGCUUGAAAGCCCGAAGAGAAGUGAUGGAAGGUGUUGGAGCUUGGUUCGUGCAAAUCGGUGACCUCAACACGGUCCACCACCUUUGGCAAUUUGCCAACCUCGAGGAACGCAAAGUGAGGCGAGAGGAGAGUUGGAAGCAGGAAGGCUGGGCCGAGACGGUUCACAAGACAGUUCCUCUGAUCCAGACCAUGAAGUCGAGGAUCCUGAUCCCGAUGCCAUGGUCUCCAGUUGCUUAA